AGCCCAAGGUUCAGAGUCACCCAUCUCAGAAAGCUCAGAAGCAUCUGCAAUAUCUACGAUGGCCUCGCCCUUUGCUUUACUGAUGGCCCUGGUGGUGCUCAGCUGCAAGUCAAGCUGCUUUCUGGGCUGUGAUCUGCCUGAGACCCACAGCCUGGAUAACAGGAGGACCUUGAUGCUCCUGGCACAAAUGGGAAGAAUCUCUCCUUUCCCCUGCCUGAAGGACAGACAUGACUUUGGAUUUCCUCAGGAGGAGUUUGAUGGCAACCAGUUCCAGAAGGCUCCAGCCAUCUCUGUCGUCCACGAACUGAUCCAGCAGAUCUUCAACCUCUUUACCACAAAAGAUUCAUCUGCUGCUUGGGAUGAGGACCUCCUAGACAAAUUCUGCACUGAACUCUACCAGCAGCUGAAUGACUUGGAAGCCUGUGUGAUGCAGGAGGAGAGGGUGGGAGAAACUCCCCUGAUGAAUGCGGACUCCAGCUUGGCUGUGAAGAAAUACUUCCGAAGAAUCACUCUCUAUCUGACAGAGAAGAAAUACAGCCCUUGUGCCUGGGAGGUUGUCAGAGCAGAAAUCAUGAGAUCCCUCUCUUUAUCACCAAACCUGCAAGAAAGAUUAAGGAGGAAGGAAUAACACCUGGUCCAACAUGAAAACAAUUCCUAUUGACUCAUAUACCAGCUCACGCUUUCAUGAAUUCGGCCAUUUCAAAGACUCUCACUUCUGCUAUAACUAUG